CUCACCAAAACGGCACAGAGAGAUAGAGAGAAAGAGAAAGGAGGAGCUUCAAGCAGAGCUUAUCUUCGUCAACCCCACAAAAAAAUGGAUCCUAAUCUUCAAACCCUUGAAAACCCAGAAACCCAAUCCUCAGAUGAGCAAACCCAACUCGCCAUUAUCGCUCCUCCCACUGCUUCUAUUUCUCUUUCUCUGUCUGCGGUUCUACCUACCCACUUUCUCCUCCCGCCCAAGAUUUCUUCCCUACUUGCCCACCAUCCAAGCAAGGUCAGAAUUCCAUCCCAGGCGGCUUCUCUUGCUCACCUCUCUCUUUCUUCGUCUCUAAACCAGCCCAAGUCGUUUUUCAAGUCUACCCCCAUCUCUUCUUCCCCUCUCCAGAGUCCUCUGUUUCUGGGGCCUCGCCGCUCCUCAGAUCCCUCCAACGCUGCUGGAAUUCGUCGAUCUUGCAUUGUUUGGUUCCGAAAUGACCUUCGUGUUCACGACAACGAGUGCCUCAACUCCGCCAGCAAUGAGUCCAUGUCGAUAUUGCCCGUUUACUGUUUCGAUCCGAGGGACUACGGGAAAUCGUCGUCUGGGUUCGAUAAGACCGGGCCGUACCGUGCCUCGUUCUUGAUUGAGUCGGUUUCCGACCUCCGCCAGAACCUCCAGAAACGAGGGUCUGAUUUGGUGGUGAGAAUUGGGAAGCCCGAGACGGUGCUAGUGGAGCUGGCGAAGGCAGUCGGUGCCGAUGCCAUUUAUGCUCACAGAGAGGUUUCGCACGAUGAGGUUAAGGGGGAGGAGAAGAUUGAGGCGGCCAUGAAGGAGGAGGGCGUGGAGGUGAAGUACUUCUGGGGAAGUACAUUGUACCAUGUUGAUGAUUUGCCAUUCAAAAUGGAGCAAAUGCCCACGAAUUACGGCGGGUUCAAGGAGAAAGUGAAGGGUUUGGAAAUCAGGAAGACUAUCGCCACAUUGGACCAGUUGAGGGGGCUUCCGGCGAGAGGGGAUGUUGAGGCCGGGGAGAUUCCAUCUCUGUUGGAUCUGGGUCUUAGCCCAUCUGCAACAUUACCUCAGAAUGGGAUGUCAACUGCUAAUGGUUCUCUUGUGGGAGGGGAGACCGAAGCGCUACAGAGGCUGAAAAAAUUUGCAGCUGAAUGCCAAGCACAACCACCUAAGGGAGCUGCAAAUGAUAGCAUAUAUGGUGCAAACUUUUCUUGCAAAAUCUCUCCAUGGCUUGCUAUGGGAUGUCUCUCUCCACGCUCGAUGUUUGAUGAGAUAAAGAAAUCUGCCAGCAGGACUAUUUCUGCCUCAACAUCCAAAGAUGGUGGUAGUGGCCAAUCUGACACUGGAAUGAAUUGGUUGAUGUUUGAAUUGAUGUGGAGGGAUUUCUUCAGAUUCAUCACCAAGAAGUAUAGUUCUGCCACGAAGCAGGUUGACGCUGCUCCAGCUACAGCUUGUACGGGUGCCCUUGCUUAGGCAAGAACUUAAUUGAAGGUGAGAAGGGAAAUUGUUUCAGGAGGCAAGCUGCUUUCUUUCUUUUUGGUUUUCCAAGCUGUAGCAGUUACAUGCUGAAGUAGGGUUGUUCCUUGUUGGACUUUGUUCUCACUAUCAAAUAAAUAUAAAGUGUUGUCCUUUUCAUGAAAUGGCCAGUUUCAGGCUCAAUCAUUGUGCAUUGUCAUCACCCCUCCUGUGAGAAUAACAGACCCUUUAUGUUUCUCCA